AUGAAGCUCGACGUUAAGCGACAGCUGUUUGCUCGCAGCGAGCGAGUAAAGGGCUGUGACUUUCAUCCUACAGAGCCAUGGAUUCUGACCACACUCUACUCUGGUCAUGUCCACAUUUGGAGCUACGAGACACAGCAGAUCGUCAAGAGCUUUGAAGUCACAGAUGUCCCGGUGCGAGCUGGUCGCUUCAUUGCGCGCAAGAACUACUUCAUUUGCGGUUCCGAUGACUUUCAGGCGCGAGUCUACAACUACAACACCUCGGAGAAGAUCACCAGCUUCGAAGCUCACCCUGAUUACAUUCGAGCCAUUGCCGUCCACCCCACACAGCCUUUCGUUCUGACAGCUUCCGAUGACAUGACGAUAAAGUGCUUCGACUGGAGCCAGGGAUGGAAAUGCAUCAGGACAUUCGAAGGACAUUCCCACUAUGUCAUGGACCUCAGCAUAAACCCCAAAGACACAAAUACCUUUGCGUCUGCCUGUUUGGACCGGACGGUUAAGAUCUGGAGUCUGGGCUCCUCGACUGCCAACUUUACCAUCGAGGCUCACGAGGCUAAGGGUGUCAACGCCGUUGAUUACUACCCUCAUUCCGACCGACCGCACAUCCUGACUUGUUCCGAUGAUCGGACGAUCAAGGUCUGGGACUACACUACAAAGUCGCUGAUCGCCACACUCGAGGGACACACAAACAAUGUCUCCUUUGCCAUAUACCACCCAGAACUCCCCAUUAUCCUUUCGGGUUCCGAGGACGGCACACUUAGACUCUGGAAUGCCAACACAUAUCGCUUCGAGCAGUCGCUCAACUAUGGCCUAGAGCGUGCUUGGUGUGUGUCAUCGCAAAAGGGCAAGCAAGGUGUUGCUGUUGGUUUCGACGAUGGCGCCGUUGUUGUCAAGCUCGGAAAGGAGGAGCCCUCUGUUUCCAUGGACGGCUCAGGCAAGAUCAUUUGGGCACGCCACAACGAGGUUCUGUCCUCGGUCAUUAGGGGAGGAGAUGCUUCUAUCAAGGACAACACGCCUAUUACGCUGCCAACCAAGGAGCUUGGCACAUGCGAAAUCUUUCCCACCACGCUGGUCCACUCGCCCAAUGGCAGAUUUGUUGCUGUCUGCGGAGACAACGAAUAUAUUAUCUACACUGCUCUGGCAUGGAGAAACAAGGCCUUUGGUAGCGCGCUGGAUUUUGUGUGGGCAUCCAAAGAUAACAGCAACGACUUUGCUAUUCGAGAAUCGCCCACCAGCGUCAAGGUUUUCAAAAACUUUGUUGAGAAGACGGGCGGACUUGACAUUCCCUUCCAGGCCGACGGUCUCACUGGAGGCCUUCUGCUUGGUGUCAAGGGUGCUGGUGGUGUGAGUUUCUACGAUUGGGCCACUGGUGGCCUUGUGCGUCGCAUUGAGGUGGAACCCAAGCAGGUGUACUGGUCUGACAGCGGAGAGCUGGUUGCUCUGGCUUGCGAGGAUACUUUCUAUGUCCUCCGCUUUUCCAGAGACGCAUACGUCGAGGCUGUCCAAGCUGGAGACGUCGAUGAGGAUGGUGUCGAGGCUGCUUUCGAGGUGAUCACCGAUAUUGCCGAGAGUGUACGAACUGGAGAGUGGGUCGGCGACGUGUUUGUAUACACAAACAACACCAACCGCCUCAACUACUUGGUGGGCGACCAGACAUAUACCGUCUCACACUCGGACAACCCCUUGUACAUUCUUGGCUACAUCCAGCGCGAUUCUAGAGUCUACUUGGCUGACAAGGACGUCAAUGUCACCUCCUUCGGUCUUUCUCUGCCUGUGCUGGAGUACCAGACUCUUGUGCUAAGAGACGACAUGGAGACGGCGGCUGAGCUUCUGCCGUCCAUUCCCCAAGAUCAACUGAACAAGAUUGCUCGGUUCCUUGAGGGCCAGGGUCACAAGGAGUUGGCCUUGGAAGUAGCCACGGAUCCUGAGCACAAGUUUGACUUGGCUCUUUCUCUCCACCAACUCGAGAUUGCGCUUGAGCUGGCAAGGGAAGCCGACGUUGAGCACAAGUGGAAGGCUGUUGGUGAUGCUGCCUUGACCAACUGGAACAUUCCUCUCGCCACAGAAUGUUUUAUCAGUGGCAAGGAUCUUGGCAACCUGCUUCUUAUUUACACCAGUACUUGCGACCGCGAGGGUCUUGCCAAGCUGGCCGAACUCGCCGAAGAGGCGGGCGUGAACAAUCUGGCUCACUUGGCCAAGUGGAGUCUCGGCGAUGUCGAGGGUGCCAUCAAGAUCAUGACCAAGACCAACCGCUACACCGAAGCUGUCUUCACUGCCCAAACAUACAAGCCAAGUCUUGCUCCUGAAACGGUACAAGGCUGGAAGGAGAGCCUCGAGAAGAACAAGAAGGCCAGAGUUGCCAAGACGAUUGGUGUGCCGGUUGAAGAUGAAGAGCUGUUCCCAGAAUGGGAAGAGUGGCUGAAGCUGGAGCAAGAAGGUGGUGCCGUCAGCGAUGAGACCAAUGGUGUCGCAGCAAUGGAAGUCGAAGAGGAGGCCGAAGCGGAAGCUGAAGCUGAAGCCGAAGCUGCUGAAGAGGAGGAAGAGGCUGCUGAGGAAGACGAAGAGUAA